AUGGACAACUCCUCCAAAGUCAACAAUUUGUCGCCAAUUUUCAACAUGGAGAUCGAGAGAGCAGUUCAACUUCGAAGUCCUCGGCACUUGUUCAUGGAGAUGGAGCAGUUCAAAGGCCACCCUCGCCUGCCGAAAUGGUACGACAUAACGCUCAAACCGGACCUCACCGCCUGCAGUUUCGGCGGCUCCGUCGCAGUCCACCUCGACAUCGUCUGCCGACCUCUCCGUCGAUGCCGCUUCCGUGUCUUUCGCUUCCUCCAAGUUGAGACAUUUGAAGAAGAUGGGAUUUUGGUUCUGGAGUUUGGGGAGACGCUGCCGAUUGGUUCGGGAGUUUUGGGCAUUAGGUUUGAAGGAAUUUUGAAUGACAAGAUGAAGGGAUUCUACAGAAGUACAUAUGAGCAUAAUGGUGAGAAGAAAAAUAUGGCAGUUACGCAGUUUGCACCGGUUGAUGCCAGGCGGUGCUUUCCCUGCUGGGAUGAACCUGCUUGGAAGGCUACAUUCAAGAUUAGAUUGGAUGAUGUUCCAUCUGAAUUAGUAGCUCUUUCCAACGUGCCGAUUGUAGAAGAAAAAGUGGACGGACAUCUGAAGACAGUUUCAUUUCAAGAAUCACCAAUCAUGUCUACAUAUUUGGUGGCCGUUGUUGUUGGGUUGUUUGAUUAUGUUGAAGAUCAUACAUCUGAUGGGGUCAAAGUUCGGGUAUAUUGUCAAGUUGGUAAGGCAAACGAAGGGAAGUUUGCUUUGGACGUUGCUGUCAAGACUCUUGAAUUUUACAAAGAUUACUUUGCUGUGCCAUACUCUUUGCCCAAAUUGGAUAUGGUUGCAAUCCCUGAUUUUCCUGGCGCCAUGGAGAAUUAUGGUUUAGUUACAUACCAAGAAACCACUUUGCUCUUUGACGAACAGCACUCUGCAGCUGCGAACAAGCAAUGGGUUGCAACUGCCGUGGCACAUGAAUUGGUACACCAGUGGUUUGGCAAUCUUGUAACGAUGGAAUGGUGGACACUUUUAUGGCCGAAGGAGGGAUUUGCAACAUGGGUGAGCUAUUUAGUUACUGAUAGCUUGUUCCCAGAGUGGAAAAUGUGGGCAAAGUUUCUUGAUGAAAUUACUGGGGGUCUUAAGCUGGAUGGGCUUGAAGGAUCUCACCUCAUUGAGGUGGAGAUCAAUCACGCUGCUGAGGUUGUUGAAAUAUUUGAUGCAAUAAGUUAUAGAAAAGGAGGUUCUGUUAUCCGGAUGCUACAAAACUAUCUUGGUGCUUCCAUGUUAGUCCUUUGGUCACUUGCUGCAUACAUAAAAAAGCAUGCUUUCUCAAAUGCAGAGACAGAAGAUUUAUGGGCUGCCCUUCAGGAGGGAUCUGGUGAACCUGUGAACAAGCUAAUGAAUUCAUGGACACAGCAAAAAGGUUACCCGGUUAUCUCUGUCAAAGUCAAAGAUCAGAAAUUGGAGUUUGAGCAGAUAAGUAAUAAGCUGGCAACAAUUGCCGCUGAUGCUGUGCCUGAGCUACUGGAUCUCAUUAAUCAAUUCUUUAUUGGCCUUUUCCAGUACUCUGCAGAGAAGCUUGGUUGGGAGCCUAAACCCGGUGAGAGCCAAUUAGAUGCAAUGUUGAGAGGAGACAUUUUGACUGCCCUUGCUUUGUCUUCAUUUGAGAAGGUUAAUGAAGUAGAUGAGUUCUUCAAAUUCCAUCCCAACCCGUCGAUAACAAGGACCUUGAAGCAGAGCAUUGAACAGGUACAGAUUAAUGCCAAAUGGGUUCAUAGUGUUCAGAGUGUUCAGAGUGAGAAACAUCUUGCCGAUGUUGUGACGGAGUUGGCCACAGGAAAUACUAGGCUCUAUGUUUAG